GUCUGUCUGUUGAGCUGCAGGGUUGAAAUGGCAAGAAACGAGGAGAAACAACAGGGAAGACUGAACAGACUGUGGCUUCAGAAAGAGAGAGAGGAGGGACGCCUUAAAGAUGUUCGUGAGCGUCGACCCAAGCUGUCUACCCUGAAUUCAGCCUCCUCUGUGAAGAAGUGGAUCCCCAGCAUCAAGAACGAAAUAGAGUAUUAUCUGCAGCAAUCCCAGCUUUCUCAUUACCCUGAGAGGAAGAUAGCGGAGUUCCAGCUGCACAUUGAGGCUUUAGAAAAAGAGUACAAACGCUUCAUCUCCAAACUACGAGUUCUUGACCCCUCGUGUAAACAUAAGCCAUGGGCUCCUCGAGCAUAUCUCAAAAGGAGAACAGACACACAAGACUGUUCAAGCAACGUUAAAAACCCUCGGCCCUGUGAGUCACAUGAUGGUAGCAGUCAGUGGAGUCAAAGUGAGAGCGACUUGGCCAGCAGUGGGGCAGGAAGUUUCAAAUCCUCCAACACCAAGAUACCUUUCAACUUUUCAGAGACCAGGUUUCAAACCCUUCUCCCCACCAACCCAGGGUCAGAAAUCUCAGAGGAUGCCUGUGCAGUCCAGGACCAGCCCCUUGCCUUCGACCGUACACGACUGGCGGUGGCUGCCGCUGCGUUCAGAGGACCUUCAACUCAGAUCAGUUCCUCUCAAACACAAAACCUUGCCAGGCUUCUGCAGGCUGGCCUGCCAAAUCUGAACAAUUCUCCAUCAACACAAACAUUUACCUCGAACAGCCAAAACAGAGAGGACAGUGACGGGGGAACAAAGGGUUCUGUUGUUGGACAGAAAUUUGCCGUCCAAGAGAAUCAGUCUGACUGUGAUGCAGCAGAGAGGAUUCCUGAGGCAACAGAGGAGAGGACUGGUCAUGUCCUGGGACUAGACUGUUACACUUCUUCUGAUGAGGACUCUGAAACAUAAUGUCACAUAAUGCUCCACAAUUUGUACACAUACAGCUCUGCUCAAACGCUGUAAAACUACAGUGGCAAGUUGUAAAAGUGGAGUAAUUCAGCUUCUGAGGAAGAAUACUGAUAGUGAAAGCCUCAAGCAACAAGUUGAAAGGAUUGGUUCUCAGUUUUGUUACAUCAAACCCCGGAAACCUGAAUGAAUGAAAUGAAUGAAUGAAAAAUACUUUAUUUAUCCCAGAAGGGAAAUUCAAUAAUGAAUUUAUGCUUUUGAGACUGUCAUUAGUACACAUGGCGUUGACUGGUUAUUUUGGUCAUGAUUUGUCUUGUAGAAUAUUAAAACACCACAUGGAUGCGCUGACAAGCUAAAAAAAAAACGAAACAGGAUUUUCACCAGAAGGGGUCUUUAAUAACAUUAAUUUAAUAAUAAAAAUUCUGAGUGUUUUAC